UUCUCUCGAUGGACAGCUAAAUCUAGAUAGUUUUUCUAUUUUUCGCCCAUAUUUUUUUUACUUGUUUAUGCUUGAUUUGUUGUUGAAAUCGCUGCCUUUUUUCAGCAAGUUUUAAGUAAGUGAUUUUGUGCUAACUUUGUGCCUGCUUGCCUAUUUGAUUACUGCAUUUAGUUAGGAACUUAGGAAUUGGCAUGGCUGGAAGCCUGGAAUUUGUUAUUGUGAAUCUGUUAUUGAAUAUUUGAAUUGAAUAUUUGAAUGGACCAUACUUUUGCCUUCUCUUAUUUAAACUCUAGAAAUACAGUUGGCCUUGCAUUUGCCUCAAAUCUUGAGUUAAAUAUUUUAAUUAUUCGGUUAUUUAUUUAAAAAUAACAUAAAAAGUACAUUAAAAAUUAAAAAAAGAAAAAAUAACAGUCCGCCUAGGCGCUAGGCCCUAGUCUGGCGUCCCACUAGCGCCUAGCGCCUUUUAGAACACUAAGUAUUGGAGAGCUUGAGUCUGGAAAUAGAGCCAAUCAAAUAGGUAAUUUGCAAUGCGUUGGAGUUCUCAUUAUGAUUAUGUAAAAAGCAUGAUAGGCAUUCACUCUGCAACUUGCAAGGUGCUUGAAUAUCUUAAAGUUCAUUUUCCAAAAGUAAGUUCUUGAGCUAAAGUUCGUGGCGCUUAUAGAUACUUUGCAUGUUUUGAAUUUGUGUUCAAUUUGCUUUUAAUGCACAAAAUUAUGAGAAUAACAAACAUUCUUUGUCAAGCCCUUCAGAAAAAAUCACUAAAUAUUUUGGCUGCUAUGAGAUAUGUUUCUACUGCAAAACUUAUCUUUCAAGAACUAAGAGAAGAAGGUUGGGAAGCGUUUCUUUAGGAAGUAAAAGGUUUUUGUUCAAGACACAACUUUCACAUACCGAAUCUAGAUUCUUCAUAUCUGGUUGAUCGUUGUAGUGAUGAGAUUACAAUUGAGCACCAUUAUCAUUUCAAUGUUUUCAAUGAAGCAAUAGAUUUCGUAUUGAUGGAGUUAAAUACACGAUUUAAUAAUAAGUCAAUAGAACUCCUUUCUCUCAGUGUGGUUUUGGAUCCCAAAAAUUCAUUUAAAUCAUUCAAUAGUGAUGAUAUUUGUAUGUUUGCAAAGUAGUUCUAUCCUAAAGAUUUUAGCAGUCAAGAUAUUUGUGCUUUAAAAUAUGAGUUGCGGUAUUAUGUUCAUGAUGUGAUUCCUGAACAAAGAUUUCAAGUAUCUACACUUAUUGAAUUGUGCCAGGAGUUGACCAACAAUGGAAUGUCAGAUACAUACAUUAUGAUAACUAGAUUGAUUCGUCUUGUAUUGACAUUACCUGUUUUUACUGCAACUACUGAGCAAGCAUUUUCAUUAAAGACAACACUUCGUAACAAAAUGGAGGAUGACUUCCUUGCUGAUUGUAUGACACUCUACAUUGAAAGAGAACUUGCUCUCACAAUAAAUGUAGACUCUAUUGUAGAUGAAUUUUUGGUUUCAAAAUCUCGUCAAGUACAAGUUUAAUAAAAAUUGGUUGUAUUGACUCCUUGGUUACAUAAGAAUUUUAUUACAUUUAACUUUUUAAAUUUCAGCCCCCUAACCUAAAUUCCUGGAUCCGCCCCUAAUCCCCUAAUUAUUGUUGAUGUAAAUGUAAAUUGCAUUUUUUAUUUUUGAGAUUUUAGCCAUAAAAUAGAGCAGAAUAAAUAUCUUUGAAUUAUCAAAAAUGUCAGUAAUCUCCUUUAACUUUAUUAACUAUGCAUUUGGGUUGGAUGGAGAUUGACACGUGACACAAACAUGAUGUGGACACUAAAAACAAUAAAAAUUAAAAUAUGAGACACGAUAAUUUAUAUAUAUUAUGUUAUUAUUAUUUAUAUAUAAUUGUAAAAAAAAUAUAAUUCAUAAAUUCUAUUUUUAUACAAUUAUGUAAAUAAUUAAAAUAGUUAUAACAAAUUUAUUAUUAAACCUUCACGAUGAUACAAAAUAUAAAUUAUUUUUAAAAAUUCUCUCAACUUUGGUUAAAUUUUUUUAAAAAGUUUCAUGUCAUGUUCAUAAGUAUCUAAUACACCUGUUUAGAGUGUCAGGCAAACAUGUCUAUAGUUUUUUUUUAUUUUUAAUAAAAUCACUGGUUAAACACACCAAAAAUGGCCAUGAGAAAUAAUUAAAUUUUUGCAAAUGCCUGCCGUACCAUCUUUGUUUGUGUUUGUGCCCUUAGGCCCCUCACCCUGUGGGGUAAGAGAUCAGACCAGAGCAUUGUCCAAAUUAAGAAAAUACAAAAAGAUGAGACUUGGGGAUGUUUUACAGGGCAUAUUGUAGGUAGGACAACAUUCAAAAGCAGUUCUUCUCUCUCACUCUCUGUGUUGCAGCUGCUGGCUUCUCCAACAACAACAUUUCUUCUUCUUCUUCUUCUUCUGCGAUGGUGUUGUGCUUUUUUCAGAUUCAUUCGUUUUGAUUAUUACCAUUCUUUGUUGUCUUUGUUUUCAUGGAUUACAAAUUUAUUCUUUAUUUAUUUUUCAUUUUGCUCUUCUUUUUGAAUUAAUUUUAAUACCAAUCAGUAUAAUUCUUUAUAUAUACCUUGUUCCAGAUAUAAUUAUAUUUUUCUCUUCAAUUGAUAUGGAUUUAGAGACGGAAAUAUUUUCGUCUCUACACAAGAUUGGGCUUUAAUCCCAAUUUCUUUCUUCCCUCUCCAUUUAUCUCAGCUGUUUUUCUCGCUGCUAGUCGCCGUCGUCUUGCCGCCUCCCUCGCAUCCACCAUCCCAUGCUGUCGCCACCAUCGCCGCCUCCGCCAUCCGCCGCCGUUAGCACUGCCGUCCUUUUUUGCAGGUGAGCAACAAAUGAAGGUGCAAGCCUAACUAACUUGAAUGUCGUUUUGGGUUCCUGGGCAAAGAUUCAUCUGCACAAGGUUUGCAUUUUACCAGGAUGAUACUCGCAUGUUUACAGGACUUGUUGAUCCUGCUAAGUAUUCUCAAUUUCAUGAGUGGCCUAUCAUUCUGUCAUGGGGAUGCGAUUGAUACCAAAGUUUUGAAUGUUGGGAAGGAGCUGUGGAUGGAAACUCUAGCAUUACAGAUGGGUUCUCGCCUUUACCAACUAGAGGGUCUUAACCCACAUAUGUGGUAUGAAGUGAAGAUAUCAUAUCCAGCUUCUAUUCCAUCAAGCUUUUCUCUACUACUGACAAGAGGUAAUUCAAGCUUAGAGCAGAACUCAAAAAGAAAAUUGCUCAAUACGGAAAAGUUAAUCAUCAAGACUGAAAAUCUUGACUUGGUGAAUAAACAGGGUGGAAUUUAUGUCCUGGUGACUGUGAAGCCAGAGGGGGUUGUUGCAAUGCCACAUGGACAGGAGAGACAAGAAGUCAUUUUCAACAUUGUUUGCGACGAACUACUCUUGGGCAUUCCUCGAUAUUCCUGGUGGGUUGUAAUUCUGGUAUUGCUCUGCUUGGGUUUGGCUCUGGCAAUCCCGUACUUUCUUCCAUCGCGUCUGCUAAUAACGAAGAAGAGCCCGCAAUCAACAAGUUGCUGCAGUAUCUCCAAGGAUGCAUGAAACCGCAGGUGCUUUGUGCCAUUUGGUCCACCAUCUCGAUAUAGUAUGAACUUUUAUUUAUAAUUUUAUUUUAUAAAUCGUAAAUAUUGAUGAAUUAUACUAUAUUGCUGGUUAACAUGAAAUUCGUGACCUUAUUGUACCUAUUAGUCGUUACAAAAUAUAUCACAUUCCUUAGUUAUUGCUAA